GAAUUUGGUGUCCGCGAUAUAUAAGCUCAUCCCCAAAUGGUGAACCCAACAUAAAUUUUAGAGAGAGGAAAAAACCAGUAAAAUCGUUGCACUGUGACAAUUAACUUCCGAGGAAGCUCUCCUGCCUCUCAAUUUCGCAUUUAUUAUCUGUGCUUUGAGCAAGUUGGUUUCUUUGAGCUGUUAUGGGAGAAGGAGAUGUGGUAUCUGAGAAGCCUGAGCCUUUAGCAAACGGGAAAGCUGAGGUGGAGGGUGAAGCUGUGGCAGUUAUGGAAAAGGAAGGAGAGCAUGAAGACGGAGUAAAAGAAAUGGAAGUAGAUAAACAGGAUGAUGCGAAGAGUGAGGCUCAAAGUAUGGAUGUGGACAAAGAUGAUGGCAGCAAGUGCGAGGAAACUGUUGAAAAUGAUGCAAAAGAGGGAGAGGAAGAAGCUGCAUCGGACAAAGAAAAGAAGGAAAUGACAGCAGAUAUAGAGGAGGAAACGGCAGCGGAUAUAGAAAAGGAGGAAACAACAGCUGACAAUGAAAAGGAGGAAACGGCAGCAGACAAAGAAAAGGAGGAAACGGCUGCUGACAAUGAAAGGGAGGAAACAGAAGCUGACAUAAAAAAGGAGGAAACAGCAGCGGACAAAGAAAAGGAGGAAACAGCAGCUGGCAUAGAAAAGGAGGAAACGGAAGCUGACAUAGAAAAGGAGGAAACAGCAGUUGACAUAGAAAAGGAAGAAAUUGCACCGAGCAUAGAAAAGGAAGAAUCUGAGUUGGACAGAGAAAAGAAAGACAUUGCAGCCGAAACUGAUAAGGUGGAUAUCGAUAAUGAGGAAAGGGAGGAGAGUGCUGAAGAGGAAACCAAUAAUAUGGAUGAGGAUAAGGUUGAAGAGGAGGCUGAUGGAGUGAAAGAGGAUGAAGCAAAUGAUGAGGAGCCUAGCAAAGAGAGAGAGUCUAAGAAACGCUCAAGAACAAAGAAUAGUAGUGGAAAGAAAAAAAAUAAUAAAAAGGUUUCUAAAUCAAAUGAUGAUAAAUCAGCAAGAACCCCCAAUGAGAAAAAGUCGAAAGAGCCUAAAACCUCAUCGGAUAAAAAGGAGGAGACAAGAGCCUCAGUUGAUAAAGAGGAAAAAGAGCCAAAAACCCCUGCAACUUUUACAACUGAUCGUCCUAUUCGUGAGCGAAAAUCUGUAGAAAGAUUGGUUGCCACAAUCGAGAAGGACUCAUCAAGGGAAUUCCAUAUUGCCAAGGGUCGUGGAACUGCGCUCAAAGAUAUCCCAAAUGUGGCAUAUAAGUUAUCAAGAAAGAAGACUGAUGACACUUUCAAGUUGCUGCAUACUAUUCUCUUUGCAAGAAGAGGAAAGGCUGCUGAAGUUAAAACCCACAUAUCAAGAUUCUCUGGAUUUGUUUGGAAAGAUAAUGAGGAAAAGCAAAUGAUUAAAAUCAAAGAGAAACUUGACAAGUGUAUCAAGGAGAAACUGUUGGAGUUCUGUGAUAUCCUUGAUAUACCCAUCUCCAAGACGCAUUCAAGGAAGGAAGAUAUUAUUUCCAAGUUGAUAGAUUUUUUGGUGGAACCUCAUGCAACAACCUCUGAAUCACUUGCCGAUAAAGAGCAGGAACAGUCAAAUAAGGGUAAAAAGAGAAAGAGGGUAAGCAAAUCUUCUGGGAGUAGUACGCCGUCAAAAGACUCAGCUAAGAGUCGUAAGAAAACUGGCAGUGCCUCUAAAAAUGCUGAUGAGGCUAAAGGCACACCUCCAGAGUCAGAAGAUGAAUCAGGAGAAGAGAAAGAUGAUGAACAUGAAGAGGAAGGUGUAAAUGGUGUCCCAGAAAGAUCAGAUGAUGAAAUGUCUGAACAAGCAGUGAGUGAGGAGAAAGAAAGUGAAUCUGAGAAGAAAGAAAGUGAAUCUGAGAAGGAAUCUAGUGAUGACGAUGGAAAGAAGAAGCGGCGAUUGUCAAAGUCAACUGCAAAGAAAGGAUCUGCUAGUAAAGCCAAAACCCAGAAAAAAACAACCCCUAAGAAGGCCACCCCCCUGCCAAAAAAAGUAUCUGCCAACUCAAAAAGCAUUGGUAGCACUAGUGAUAAGAAACCUUCUAAUAAGAAGAAAGAUGAAUCAGACAAGAAGGUGUCCGCUUCGAAGAAGUCAGCUGUUAAAGAGAGCCCUGGGAAUAAGGUUCUCAAAGUCAAAGAUAAGCUCAAGGAGGAGAAAUUAAAGCCGAGUGAUGAUAAACUCAGGGAGGCAAUUUGUGAACUCCUUAAAGAGGUCGAUUUUAAUACGGCUACCUUCACUGACAUUCUGAAGCAACUUGCCCAGCAAUUCGAUACAGACCUCGCACCAAGAAAAUCAUCGGUGAAGCUCAUGAUUCAGGAGGAGCUCACAAAACUAGCUGAUGCUGACGAGGCUGAUGAGGAAGAGGAAGAAGACGAUGCCGUUGAUGCUGAGAAGAAAAACAAGGCUUCCGCCCAAGGUGUGAAGGUCUAGGAACCUUGCUACCUAAGCCUGUACACUAAAUGCUAUAUAGCCCUAAGUUUAAUCAUUUUGGUACCCGUAACUACUAUUUAGCAUAAUCUUAUUUUGCUUGGUGAAGCCAAUUUGAUGCUAGAGAUAAACAGCUGCAGCAGCCUGUCAUGUAAUAUUAGUACAAACACAAAGUUGUAGAUUUUGUGCUUUACUUCCCCUUUAUUGAUCCAACUUCUCUAUGA